CCAACCAAGAGGAUCGGUGAGCUCUGCAGUUUGGACUUCCAUGGCGACUAGCUGUGGGCUCUUCACCGGUCUGAGACGGUGCGCCCCACACUUCGCGAACUCAGUCAGGUGGAGGAGGCAGCUGUCGUCGCUCUGCUCUUCGUCUUCGCCAGUUGAAAGGCGCAAGGACGACCAGCUCAAGAGCAAGAUUUUUGGGCAAAAAAAUCCGGGUCGGAGCGCAACCACUGUGAUUCAGAAAUGGGUCGACCGAGGCAACAAGGUCUCUGUUCUCGAACUCCGUCGCAUUUCCAUUCAACUCUUGAAAUCUAAGCGCUUCGACCACGCUCUCCAGAUACUAGCAUGGAUGGAGGCUCAAAGCGAUUUUCGACUGUCGCCGGGUGAUCAUGCCAUGAGGUUGGAAUUAAUCAUAAAAGUGAAGGGUAUGUUGAAAGCUGAAGAGUAUUUUGAGAAUUUAGCUGCCACUGCUUCAAAAAAAGCUGCUUGUCUUCCUCUUCUUCAUGGCUAUGUUGUGGAAAAGGACACAGAGAAAGCAGAGGCUCUGAUGCUGAAGCUUGGUGGGUUGGGGCUGAUUGUGAGCCCUCAUCCCUAUAAUGAGAUGAUGAAGUUGUAUAUGGGCACAUGUCAAUUUAGGAUAGUGCCCCUUGUUGUAGUUCAAAUGAAGAAAAACAAGAUACCAUUAACUGUUUUGUCCUACAACCUCUGGAUGAAUGCAUGUGCCAAGCUAUCCGGGGUUGCUUCAGUAGAGAUGGUUUACAAAGAAAUGGUGAAUGAUGAGAAUGUUCAGGUUGGAUGGAGCACUUUGUCUACUUUAGCCAAUGUCUAUAUGAAAGCAGGCCUUGUUGACAAAGCCAGUUUGGCCCUAAGAAGGGCUGAAGAGAAGCUGUCUGACUGUAACCGCCUUGGUUAUUUUUUUCUCAUUACGCAAUAUACUUCUUUAAAGAUGAAAGAGGACGUCCUGCGUUUAUGGGAAGCUAGUAAGGCGGUACCUGGGAGGAUUCCAUGUACUAAUUACAUGCAUAUACUGUUGUGUUUGGUGAAGCUAGGUGAUAUUGUGGAAGCAGAGAGGAUUUUUAUGGAGUGGGAGUCCACCUGCUUUAGGUACGAUGUUCGAAUCUCCAAUGUCCUUCUAGGUGCAUACAUGCGGAAUGGAAUGGUAGAGAAAGCUGAGUCGUUGCAUCUGCACACAUUGCAGAGAGGCGGUCACCCGAAUUAUAAGACAUGGGAGAUCCUUAUGGAAGGAUGGCUGAAAAGCCAAUACAUUGAUAAAGCCAUUGAAGCGAUGCAAAGAGGGUUCAGUAUGUUGCAAGAUUGUCAUUGGAGGCCAUCGGAUGAUACUAUAAUGGCCUUUGCUGGUUAUUUCGAAAGGCAUGGGAAUAUUGAGGACGCAAAUUGGUAUGUCAGAGUUAUCCAUGAUUUGGGUUGUGCAAGUUUGCCAUUAUACAAAUCAGUGCUUAGACUGCACCUUUCUGCUCAGAGAUCAGCCUCUGACAUCCUUAAGAUGAUGGAGAAGGACAUGAUUGAGAUGGAUGAUGAGACUUCUGCCCUUGUUCAAGCCUUCGAGGUGUGACUUUAUAAUCUGUGCUGUACAGUAAGUUCUAGUCGCUUCCUGUGAAGGCUCAUGGGGAACAAUUUAUGCUUCUCUGACUGUUUGUUCGUGAAUCAAAGACAAUGGUGAAAUGGUUCAUAAAAAUAUGGAGAGUAUAACAUUUGAACAUCGAAAGCAUAAUAGCUCAAGUGCCACAUGUAGAGGUCCCUUGAUUCAGGGAAGUUGCUUCUUUGUUAGUUAAGGUGGAGAAAAAGAUAGAUCAGAUGGUCUCUCUAGUUUCCUUAUUUGAACAGAAACAAAGAGAUGGAGCCCUUGUUGUAGAUUGUUAGGGAAGAUGGCUUCUUGGAUCCUUUUCCUUCAGUCAAACAAUUAAAAUAUUUGGUCAUGAUUCUUAAGGAACCAGUCAGAGAUGGUGGCAAAGACUUCAACUCGAUGCUGCAGUCAAAAUCUUGUGAAAGCCUCGGUUGUGCUCCAGCAAUAUAUCUUGAGGUGGCAGGCAUUCUUUAAGAAUGGGAAACUCAAGAACUCUUCCAAACCAAGCGUUGAGCAGUGGCAUGGUCUCGGUAUCAAUCAGGUUUACCUCUGCAAUCUCCUCGACUAUUCUAGCCCACAAUCCAAUCCACCCAGCGGCUAUGUCCACAAAGCCUAUGCUUUCACCUCCGAAAAACUGCUUUCCCCCAAGUCCACUUUCCAGGAUCUUAAGAUUCUCUCUUGCUUCUUUUGCACCCUUCUCUUUCUCCUCCCCUUUCUUGGUGAAUGCACUCAUAAUUGAUGGCACACACUGAAAUGAAGAACAAUAAAUGGGAUAUAGUUUCUAAAUUGGUUAUCCAAAUUUUUUAUAUAUAUUGUAAAAAUUGCUCAAUAGUUCACUCCAUCUAUCGACCAGAAAUUUUUGCAGUAUUUGCUGUUAUGUGAGAAAUGCACUGGUAAUGCAUGAAUAGAACAUAGUUACUUCUUGUUGA